CAGUACAUUUUAGUCUCCACUGAGACGUCGUACUGUGCGGUCGUAUCUCACAGUGACAAUUUGUUAACUACCGAUAAUUAAUCGUAUCGAGCUGUGCAAUUGUCGUAAAAUGUCUUCUCGAUUUCGUUGAACAAAUCGGUCAGUUAAAGUGAACUCGAAAAAAUUGUGAAAAACCAAAAGGACCGAUAUAAAAAAAUAGUGAAGAUCGUAGAUUUUGUGGAGCUGAGUGGAAUAAUUUGCUCUGAAAAAUAAUUUAAAAAUCAUUUUAAAAUGAUGCACGCGAUGAGCGAACAUGCAGGGGGCCCGGGCCUAGGUGUCGGUGUUCUUCCCUUCGAUGGUAUGGGUCUCUACGAACAGCCCAGGCCCCGAUUUGUCUUCAAGAUGCCCCGGGUUGUACCUGAUCAGAAGGCCAAAUUUGAGAGUGACGAGCUGUUCCGCCGUCUCAGUCGGGAGUGCGAGGUGAGAUACACCGGGUUCAGGGAUCGACCCUUGGAGGAGCGUCAAGGCCGUUUCCAAAAUGCUUGUCGUGAGGGUCACACUGAAAUUGCAUUUGCUGCAAUGGGAACUAAUCUACAAUUAACGUUUGGUCCUGCCGCUGGGACCUUCUCCGAGCCAGGACAAUGCGAUUUUGACAAGGAGCAUGGCAAGGUGCACAUAAGAUCAAGUCUGAUAAUGAACGGCGUGUGUGUGAGGUGGCGUGGUUGGAUCGACUUGGAGCGUCUUGACGGGGUCGGUUGUCUUGAAUACGAUGAGGAAGCUGCUGCUCACGAGGACGCUCAACUUCGCAAUCAAUUGACUCGCUACAACGAGCGACUCCGUCAAUUUGAGGAGAAACAACGGGCCUACAGAAAUGCCGCAGCUCAGCCACCGCAUCACAAUCACCAUCUCUCCCAUCAUCACCAUCUUGGCCAUCACGUAACCGGCAGUGGUACGGUAACUGGUGGUGUUGAGCCACAUCUUGCUCAUAGACAGGAUUCAGAAAUGGAGGUCAGACUUCGCGCUUACUAAAUAUGACAAACAAUAUACGACUUAUUAACCAAAAAUAAAAAUUAAAAUAAUAUCAUCGAUUGCAUAAUGUCAUUAGAAACAUGGUAGAUGUGUCAUAAACCGAGAUUACUCACGCGAACUUAGGAUAUAAAAUUGUUGUAUAGUUCUUUUUUUAUUAAUUGUAUUAUUUGUGACUCCCGUUACUGGAACUGACAUCAGCGCAGAGUCGAGGGGGAAAUUGAUUGGUCAAUGUUUGAUAUUUUUGGAAAUAUCAAGGGGUAAUAGACGGCCUCUAUUGUCUCGAAAUUAUUAUUAAAUUUUUUGAUUAAAGUUACUCAUCGUUAUUACCAAAAUAUUGAUGAGUUUGGCAGAAAAUUUCAUAAAUUUCGGACCCCGUUGGGCAUUUGGUUACCCUCCAACGCGUGUGAUAAGAGGAAUUCCAGGGUAAACCGGUGGAUGUUUACAUGGAACAUUGGAAUUCAAAUGAACUUGGACUUUUUUUGAAAAAAAUUACCGAACUUGUUUGAAUUGCGCAAGUGUUCGAUGUACAUUGACGUCCUUCGUUUUUUCUCGCAAUCCCUCCACAUGAAAAUCAAUGGAGAUGUGAUAAAUAGAUUAAUGAGUUUUUCGACGGUUCGUUAAUUUAAUAGAAAAUAUUAAAACAUAGUCAUUGUGCUAUAGCAGUGGUUUUUAAAAUUUUCUCAUUAAAUCACUCAUUUUCGAUAGGAUUGGGUAGCCAAAUAAAAAUAUCAAAAUUGACUCUGUCAUUUUACACCUUUGCUUCUGGAAUCAUUAGCAAUUGGAGACGGAAGAGCGAGUAAAUAGGGGAAAGCCCCGUUUUUGAGCCUCAUUGACACACGGUAAAUAAGGUCUUGCAGGUCCGACGGACAUCAGCACACACGAUGUGUCGCAUGAAUCAGACGAUUCCCAGUAUCCGGAUGACUCACUCUUUUUAUGUAUAAUUUUCAUUCAACUCUGUGCAUAUUUUUUUUUUUAAUAAAUCAGUGAGUAUUGUAUACUUUGUCAUUACGAUAGGUUGAACGAUCACUGCGUUCCAUGAUUUUGUUAUGUAUUGUAAAUAUUUGUAAAGAGUUUAUCAAUUAAAUAUAAUUUCUGAAUAACUACACGAGAA